AUGCUCUCUGAGGAUUCCACAACGCAAGUUGACGGGAAUGGACAAUCCAGAGGUCCCACAGUGAGUAUCUCAUCGGAAGCCAUAAGGCCGGAAAGGUCCACGAGAAAUCAUCAUAGAAGACAAGGAAAGGCACAUUCGGUUCUUCGACCGAUCAGAGCGACUAUAUCAGAGAUAAGAAGCCCUGUUUCAUUUUCAAGCGCUAAGGUGGAAAUGCACAGAAGUCAGCGAAAUAUUGAUUUUUUAGCAGCCAAACGGAAUCAGCAUACGGAAACUGUGGGAAACCUGAAACUAUCGACAUUGGAAUCCAAGCCUCGACGAAUGUCAAUGCUGAUCAAUGAAAGAUCCAAAGGUGCCUCCACAGCCAAGUCCGCAUGGGAUUAA